AUGGACCUGUUUACAUUCUAUUCUCCCUCAAGCGUGCUAAUCUGCAAGCCAUGCGGCUACGCUGUCCCGCCUACUACGCUUUCUACCCACAUCAAAGUCCACCACCUCUACGAUGCGCGUCAUGCCGCUACAAAUCUCUUUAACGCCCCCCAAUCACGGAACCCAGCUACUCUGCUUGCGAACUAUCUCUGCGAUCGAUACCAACUCCUUGAUCCAGCCAUAGUAAAGCUCCCAACGCCGCCUGCAACAAACCUGCCUAUUCCUGAGCUUAAACUCCACCGCGGCUACCAGUGUACGCGCUGCAGUUUUGUGCUGCGCUCACAAGGAAAAGAAGCUGAGAUCUCUAUGGGAAGGCACUUCAACGUACAUCGCCUUGUGCCACGGAAGCCAGGCCGCCAAGCAAAGAUAGCAGGUAUACCGGCUCAGGACAGUGGACCUAUGUUCACUAAGGUCUAUUGCCAGCGCUUUUUCGCCGCAGGCGCGCAGAGCUCCUUCUUUACUGUCAAUGUCCCAGAUAAAGUGCAGGAGCUAGUGAAGAGUAGACCAAGAGGGCAUGCUGAUGUCUUCCGAGCCCUGAUCGAUGAGCAGCUCACAGCAGGGAACGACGAGCAGGACGCUCGAGCGCAGAUCUACAACAGCCAGGUCUCGAAGACUGAGGUAUCGCCAUGGCUUGAGAUGACGCGGUGGCCACGCUACUUCCACGGCCUGAACAUGGCUGACGUUGCGCCGCUGGCGUACGCAGCGAAUCCAAUUACUGAGCCUUCCCUUGUCCUCUUUGGAGAGAGCUUCGACCGAAUUAUCGAGCGCGCGCACCAAUCUAUCUGCGAGGACAAGAUUAGCGUCUUUGACCAGGCACAGAUUAACAGCUUUAUCGCCGGCCGUUCGGGCAAGCACGAUCGUAUGCUUAUAGUCAAGCUAGCUAAGAGCACGUUCCGCGCGUACAAGGGCAUCUGGAAGCGCCUUCUCUGCUUCGUGUAUCGAACAAGCCAGCCUACGCAGAGCAUCCCCUUGCUACACAGGCUCACUACCGCCCAGCUAUUCCACCUUGAUCGGGCCCUUCACCUUGCGGAGGAGCUCUCUUCCCUCUCGCGCCUACCUAGAAGCGACACGCCGCCUGCAGAAGGAGAGGGCGCAGAGGAGGUUGUCUGCGACCUCAACAGGGCCUGUCUGCUCCUAUGCAUUGCUCUACUCGACCACACAAUCCAAGGCGACCAUUUUGAGAGCGUAGUGUUAAGCUUCCUAGCUGUCCUAGGCAUUGACGAGAACCCUGGUGGCGUCUUCCGUGGCCCGCUGAUCUACUCGCCUGACCUAUCUAAGUUUAUCAAGAUGGCACAGAUGCUUGUAGUACAGCGAUCGGUAGUGGCUGCGGAAGAGGGCGAGGUAGAGCACCCAUCGGACAUGCUAGACGAGAUGAGGGAGCGGUUCAUGGCAUGCCGCCUGCGGUCGUACGCGAAGAAGGUGGUGAGCAACACGACGUCCCUUGGCUACAUUGCCUGGUCAGAGGACGGAAGCUCAGUCACAUACAAGGAUACGGGCUUUAGCAUGAACGCGCUACGUAAGUUUAUUGCUGUCGAAGUUAACAAGGCCCAGAAAGAGCUAGAAGGCCUGUUUCUCCUCCAUCCUGACGAAGCUCGCGACGAUGUAGUGCCGCAGGUCCUCCUCUACCGCCUCCAAGAUAACCACAGCAACGAGAAGAAGGGCUGGAACUUCCUUCAAGACCAGCGCAACGCGGACCAUCUUGAUCAAGGCGGCGAGAGAUGGCUACUUGACAGGGUACUUGAGAACGACUGGCUUAGGGACGAGAUGCUUACUAUAAGCCCGGAAUCGCAGCUUCAGUGGAAGAAGAAGGCGGUGCAGGCGUACUUUGACAAGGUGGACGCGUUCCUUGAGCGGCUGCUCCUCCUCAUCCACAUGACGGGUGGCCAGCCACCGCGCGGGACGGAGCUGAUCGGACUGCAGCACAGCAAUAGUGCCCAGGGACAGCACCGCGGCGUCUUUGUCGAAGAAGGCUUAAUUAGUACAGUCACCUCGUACCACAAGGGCUACAACAUCACUGGAUCUACGAAGAUUAUCCACCGAUAUCUACCUAAGGAAGUGAGCGAGCUGCUAGUGUACUAUCUCUGGCUUGUCCUGCCCUUCUGGCAGCAGCUAGAUAUCCUCGUGUACAAGCGCAAAGAUCCAGCUUCAACGUUUCUGUGGCCGAAAGAUAGAGGGACAUGGGAUCCAAGCCGGCUUACUAAAGUCAUCUCACGGGAAGCGCGUCUGUACCUCGACACCACACUUGGGAUCCAGACCUACCGCCACCUUGCUAUUGCUAUCUCUCGCCAACACCUGUUAUGCGGCGGUUUUAAGCGUGACUACAGCGUGGACAAGAAAGUCGCUGAUCAGCAAGCAACGCAUGGGACAUGGAUAGCGGGCACUGUAUACGCGCGAGGCCUGCAGGAGGCGCCUGGCCAUGUUAAGGCACGGAGCGCAGAGUAUCGAGCAGUCAGCCGGGAGUGGCAUAGUUUCCUUGGAUUUCGGACCUACCUUGGAGCUCGAAAACGCCCACUAGGUGAGGGUAGCGAUGCAGGAUCUCUAGCGAAGAAAGCCUGUUAA